UUUCACCGAAGCUAUUCACAAAACAAAGGCGGAAAUCCUAAUAGGAAUCUGUCAAAUGAUAAGCAAUAUUCUGGUCAGUUCAGCUAUAGCAGAUAAAAAAAAACUUGGUUACAUGUCAUCGAACGAUUAGAAAAUUCUUAGUUUAACUGAGGUGGUAGAACGAAGGUCAAUUACAUACAAAAAUAAACCGCGUGGUAUGUUAUACAUUUUUGUUCUCGCUGGUAGUUCGUUUUGACACAUGGGAAAUUCUCAUGCCGCAAGAAAAUGCAUUUCCGAAGAAAUCGCCGAGUAUCUGGAGACAGCAAAGCGCAACUACUUAGAAAACUAUGAACAUCCUGUUAAAAAACCAGCGUCUUUAGAUGAAUUCAAACAACUGCGAACCUUGGGCACGGGAUCUUUUGGUCGUGUUAUGCUUGUACAGCAUAAAAAGACAUCCAACUUUUUCGCGUUAAAAAUCCUUGACAAAGCAAAAAUAAUAAAACUUAAACAAGUUCAACACACACUUAAUGAGAAGAGGAUUUUACAAGCCAUCGAUUUUCCUUUCCUGAUUCGGCUGGAAUAUAGCUUCAAGAAUGAAGUUUACUUGUUUUUAGGACUGGAAUACGUCUCUGGAGGUGAAAUGUUUUCUUACCUGCGAAGAAAGGGCCGAUUUAGUGAGUCUGCAGCGCGUUUUUACGCAAGCCAGGUCAUAUUAGCUCUCGAAUACUUGCACUAUCUUGACCUAAUAUAUCGAGAUCUGAAACCAGAAAAUAUACUUUUGGACCCAGUUGGAUAUAUAAAGAUUGCUGACUUUGGCUUUGUUAAACACGUGAAAUAUCGAACAUACACACUGUGUGGUACUCCUGAAUAUUUAGCUCCAGAAAUUAUUCAAAGUAAAGGUUAUACAAAAGCUGUCGACUGGUGGGCAACUGGUGUAUUAAUUUAUGAAAUGGUCGCUGGUCAUCCACCGUUUUUUGCAGACGAACCAAUAGAAAUUUAUGAACGUAUAGUUAUCGGGAAAUAUAAAUUUCCUUCUCACUUCAGUUCAGAUUUGAAAGAUCUUUUGCGUAAUUUGAUUCAAUCUGAUUUAACACGACGAUUUGGUAAUUUGAGAAAUGGUGUUCAAGAUAUUAAAUCUCAUAAAUGGUUUUCACAUUUGGACUGGUUAAUGAUUUUCAAAAAAGAGGUAACAGCUCCUCUGAUACCCAAUUGUAAAGGACCUGGUGAUGCUACAAAUUUUGAAAGAUAUCGAGAAGAACCAUUGAAAAAAAGUAAAGUUAAUAAAUUCGAAGCAGAAUUUGCUGAUUUUUAAAUUGAAUAGAAAAAAAUAAACAAAUUAAAGAAUUUAUUUUUUCAUCGAAAAUUUAAAUUCUAUCCUUUCUUUUUUACCACAACUUAUUAUUAAAAUACAAACUGAAUAAGAAACAUAAGGAAUAGGCAUGUUUUUACCUAUUUGCUCAUAUAAUUUUCCUUUGGUUUUCUACUACAAUAGCAUAUAUUUGUUUGUUUAUCUUUUUGAAUUUCGUUUCAUUAUUUUUUUUUCAUAUUAUUGUUUCUUUGUUGGUGGUGUUCAUUGUGUUAUUUUUUAAUAUUAUCUAACAAUUGUUUAAUGACAAUGCCAAUUAUUUGUCAACAAUUUGCAACCACACAAUUUUAAAAACUGAAAGACAGAAGAUGAAUAAAACAAGAUUAUUGCUCGUCACUUCAAAUAAUCAUAAAAUAUUCGUGAUAACACAGCAAUAUUAGUUCUAACAUUACAAAUGGAUAUAUAUAUAUAUAUAUAUAUAUAUAUAUAUAUAUAUAUAUAUAUCACGUUAUAUCCUUAAUUAAAAUACACUUUACCUGAAAAUGUGUAUGGUUUAGCCUCAGUUAUGCGCCUGGUUGCUUUUUCUUUAUUUGUAUCAGAUUAAAUUAUCAUCUAAUUGAAAUUAAUUGUAAACAGUUGAGUAUGGAGACAUUGACUGCCUUAUUACUGUAUGUAUGUCUUCAGCCUAUUAUUUAUUUAGUAAAAUAAUUGCAAUUAUAAUAAGCAGUAAAAAAAAAUAAAACAACAUACACAUUAAAAUUAUUUAAAUCCAUUUUCUGUUCUGGGUUUUUCAGUUCUUGUA